UCUGUCCAAAAAUAGAUUAACUGAAGUUCCUAUGGAGCUGUGUCACUUUGUGUCACUGGAAACACUGAAUCUGUACCACAAUUGUAUUAAAAUUAUUCCAGAUGCCAUAGUGAAUUUACAAAUGUUGACUUAUUUAAAUUUGAGUCGAAAUCAGCUUUCUUCUUUGCCAGCUUGCCUGUGUGGUCUUCCUCUAAAAGUCUUAAUUGCAAGUAACAAUAAGCUAGGUUCCCUGCCAGAAGAGAUAGGUCAGCUAAAACAGUUAAUGGAACUGGAUGUCAGCUGCAAUGAAAUCACAGCUUUACCACAGCAGAUAGGUCAGUUGAAAUCUCUAAGAGAACUGAAUAUCAGAAGAAAUUACCUCAAAGUUUUACCACAAGAACUAGUAGAGCUUCCCUUGGUAAAAUUUGACUUUUCCUGCAAUAAAGUGCUCGUGAUUCCACUUUGUUUUAGAAAGAUGAUGCAGUUACAAAUAUUAUUGCUUGAGAAUAAUCCUCUUCAGUCACCACCAGCCCAAAUUUGCACAAAGGGUAAAGUGCACAUAUUCAAAUACCUGAGCAUACAGGCAUGUCAGAUUAAAACAGCGGACUCGCUUUAUCUUAAUGCCAUAGAACGUCCACACUUGCAACAACCUGUGGAGGAGAGCAUGGAUGACAUCUAUCCAAAUAAGAAGGAUUCUGAUUCGGGUGUUGGUAGUGAUAAUGGCGAUAAACGCUUGUCUGCAACAGAGCCAUCUGAUGAAGAUACCCUCAGCCUUAAUAUGCCAAUGUCAAACAUUAUGGAAGAAGAUCAAAUUAUAAAGGAAGAUUUGGGUCACAACACAAACUCAAUAAAAGUGGAAUUUCAUCAGGGAUCACCUCCUCUAAUUGACAACGAUAAAUCAAGAGAAGCAGGAAACCAGUUUGCUGAUGGAUCAGAUACCCUCACUGCUGAAUUUAUAAGCUACAUCAAGGGCAGAGCAGAGGAAUGUGAUGAAUUACUACGAAUAGAAGAGGACACACAAUGGCAAACCGAAGACAUCACAAAUUCAUCAGAAGAGCCAAAUAUUGAUAUAGCAAUGAUAGAUCAGCUAAGAGAAGCAGUAGAUUUAUUACAGGAUCCCAACAGAUUAAGCUUGGAUAUUACUGAGGACAGUGGUGUGAAUCUGUAUCCUGUGGAACCUGCAACAGCUUUAGAAUUUCAGGAGUCUACAGUAAAUGGCCAAAUGCAGACAGAAAUGUCCCGUAUCUAUCAGGAAGAAAAUGCUGAGAAGGAAUUUGAAUUCCAAAAGACAAGGGGAUUGAUUAUGGAGAAAACAAAAGUGGAGGCCAAAAUUACAUUUGAACAGAAUGAAAAGCAGCCAUUAAGUCAGAAUGAUCUGAUUGUUUGGAAUAUAGAAGGACAAAGUUCUCACAAUGAGGGUAGGGACAGCACUCCACCUGUAUCUCCUACUACAAACAAAACCGCUCCAUUUGGCCUCAAGCCACGAUCAGACCCAUCCCUCACUCUUCCUCCUGUCUCCUUCGACACACUUACACAGGCACAAACAUGGGACAACUAUAGCUACAGUAUCCCAUCUGAAGGAGACAGUGACAAUGUAUUUUUAAGACCACAGAGAAAUUUGGAAUCAAUAGACCCUCAGUUUACAAUUCGAAGGAAAAUGGAACAGAUGAGAGAAGAGAGAGAACUUGUAGAACAACUGCGGGAGAAUAUUGAAACAAGACUAAAGAUCUGUUUGCCUGAAGACUUGGGAUCUGCUCUUAUGGAUGGGGUGGUUCUCUGUCAUUUAGUCAAUCACGUUCGUCCUCGAUCUGUAGGAAGUAUCCAUGUACCUUCACCAGCAGUACCUAAACUCAGCAUGGCAAAAUGCAGGAGAAAUGUAGAAAACUUUCUGGAUGCAUGUAGGAAACUGGGAAUACCAGAGGAGAAGCUCUGCCUACCACAUCACAUCCUAGAAGAAAAGGGCUUGGUAAAAGUGAGCAUAACCGUUCAAGCAUUACUAGACGUAACCACAACGAAACAAGCUUUAUUCACGUGAAACCACGAGGUCUGCUGUAAUCAGCUCUGCUGUGCCAUCCAAGUAUUAAAACACACUGCUCAUCUUUUCACACUGCAUUGAACAACACACUACUGCUCCAAGAGAGCAUUCCUGCAUACCUGACCUGAAAUUCAUCUUUCAGAUUUUGAACGUGUCAAGCUAUAAAUCAGAAACAAAACAAAUCAUUUUAUAGAGCAGAUUGGCACUUCACUGCAUUUAUGUCACUUGUACAGUACUUACUAAAAUGACCACCUCUCUGCCACUUCCAUAAGUGUGGAAUAUAGCUGUCUUGCAGCAAGAUACAUUGACCUGAUUAAAGUAAAAACCGUCUUUCUUUUUGUUUGUUUGGUUUGGUUUUUUUUGGAAAGAUAAAUAUUGGAAUUGUACCACGUUAGUUUUUCUGCAGUUGCUUCAGGCCAUUGCUUUUUAAAAAUACCCAGACCUAAAAUAUUUAUAUAAAUAUUAUUUAUUAGUGAAUUGUUAUUCAUCCUUUGGAUGCAAAAUGUAAAUUAGGAAACUGUAUUUUAUUACUGCUUUUUUGUGGUUAAACACUUUAAUAUAAAUAUUUAGUUAUUUUUUAUUCUGGUUGGUGUGCAGUAGUAUUAGACCUCCGGAAGCCGUAUUUUCUAAUACGUAACAAUAAACAACACUAGGUGCUUUUAUGAAAAGAACUGUUGGCUGGGAUGGCACUCACUCAUUUUCAGAUGUGUGGAACAUGGGUAACAUUUGUCUGCAUUUCUUUAGCUUCUUACAUUCCAGCAGCACCUCCCUCCUUCCCCUGUUAGAUCAAAUUGGUUGAAGUUUAGAGCACACCCAUUUUAUUUGUAUAUAGCUGUUAUUAGAAAUAAAUAAAUAAAUAAGGAAAGAUUAAACUUGAAAACAUAAAUGUGAACAACUAUUUUUGAUUGAUACUUAUUUUACUAUGCACAAGACAUUAAACUUUUACCACAGCAAAGCAAAUGAUGUGCAUUAGCAUCAUGUGUCUUGAAAUCGAAUUUUGCACUGUAACUUGAGUGAUAUUCAAAGAAGAGAGCACUACAGGACAAAUUAAGGAAAAAAUAGCACAAGGAAGUAAACAAUAGGAAGUUUACCAGCUAGCCAAAAUGUGUGCAGUCGAUGGUUUCUUCAAGAGAAGAUACAGUUGUUCAGAUUGCCUACCAUCCUAAAGGCCCUUUGUCAAAUACUCACUGCUUGGUGUUGUGCUUACUACAGUGAUUAUAAUCUCAUUAUAGUCCAUGUAGUUCCUCCGGAUUUCACAUAACACUGAGCAUAACAUUUAGUGGUGAAUGUUUGCAGGAUCUAGAUUCCUUGUCCCAACUGAGGAACAGAAAAUAAGGGGUCAUGUUAUUUUUAACUUCAGAAGUUGUAAAUGCCUAAUUUAUUAUCAAAGCAUUGUUGGAAAAAUGUUCUAGGUAGAUACAUUUGAGCACAGUGGUAUUCACAAUAUUUGGAACAUCAAUUUCCUUUGUAUGAAAACCUGGUGAGGUCAUUUAGGCAAACAAGGCAGGGAAGUUGUAUGUGGCAAAAAGGAUGGGUGUUAGGGUCAGUGUUACAUUCAAGCAAGUAGCAUUUGAAGCGCAUUACACACAGGUGAGACAAUGUAGAGGGGGAUUUAAGUAGCAAGUGGAUGGGUAGAAAUAAAAAGCUUAAAGCUGUUUGAAAGAACAGUGCAUCAUUGUCACAAUACUCCAUAUUCUAGGCAGAGUUUUAAGCAUGUUCACACAAAGACAAGGCAUUUAAAAAUCCCCAUAUUCCAGUAACUGAUUUUUUUAAGCUUGAAUAAUAUAUGCUAUUUGAAUGCAGACUAAGCAUUUUUGACAUUUCAAAUUGCCAGUGUACUGGAGUGUAUUGAGGGCAACUUGUUAGGGGGAUAAGUGAUAUCCAGGAUAAUGAGACUUAAAGUAUGUAUAUCCAGUUAUUUCAACCAAAGCAAAAGCUUUUGUUUUAUCGAGGGAACAUUGACUUAAAUUGUAAUUUUGAUUGGCAGCUAGCAUAUUAUUUCCUAUUAAACUGUACUGUGCACUUUAACACUAAAUUAAAAUGUAUUUUAAUGUUUGACAGAGCUGCACAAAUACCUGUUUUGUCAAAAAGCCUGAACAAUGUAAAGAAAGUAAGUUUUCAACUCAGAGUAUAUCAGACUUAAAAAAUAAGCAUUCAAAGAUUGACUAUAUAAAUAGGAAUAUUCAUUGCUGCAUCUUGAAGGGUAAAAUGCAGGUUCCUGAGUAUUUUUUUACAAUGUAUAUAUGGCAACAUGAAGCUUUGUAAUUAUUAUUUUAACAAAUCUUUGUUUUUUCAUAAUUAAAGUUUGAUUUUUCUCCUGAUAGUGUCCUUCAGUAUUUGCUGAAAGUUGGCUGUAAAUGGCUCUAAAUAUUUUGUAAUACAGCUUUUUUAUGCAGUCUUAACCUGUAUGGCUAAAAAAAAUCUUCAUGAAUCUUUGUACACUAUUUAUAUGUGCAAUAAAGCAUGCAUGGCCAACUGAUAAUAUAAGCAGUGAACAUAAUGUAUAUAGUGCAAAUAUCCUAACUGUAGUUACAAUUAAACCAUUUUAUUUGUACAAACCA